AUGUCGGAAAACAGGCUUGUCGAUGCGUGGCAGGAUUGUGUCAGCGAAGCCGUCCCCGCAAAGAUCGCAGCUGAGGACGAGCUCACGAAAGCAUAUCAAACUCAUACCGAGCAAGUAAAACGCACGCACGAUUACGAACCGUUCAUUCAUGGCUUCAUCACAUGUUUGCAUCGGGAUCAUCUGCUGAACCCGCUCAUCGGUCGGGAUGAGGAUGGGAAGAGGCUACCGGCUACCAAAACUAGACGGUGA